AUGCCUGCGAAAACCCGUCGUCAAAGUUCACGUUCACGUUCGCGUUCGCGUUCAACUCCACGAACUCCCAAUUCUCAAGCCAAAAUGGAAAGGGAAAAACUCACCGCUGAAGAUUUGUACAACAAACCAGUGGUGAGGAAUUUUACACCAGAGAGAGACACUUGGGAUGGACACUAUGAGUUUGGCGGAUUGGCUGGAGUUCUUGGUAUUAUGAUUGCAUCUCAUGUACUUAUAUUUUAUUUUUGGAUUUGUAUUGAGAAGUUUGGAGGAACUAUGAUUUAUCCCGGUCAUCCAAUGUUGAAGGGAGAAUCCAUGUUAACUGUGUUUGGUGAUUAUCUCCGUUUACAUGCAGCCCCAAAUUGGGAGACCUUUGGUGUUUUUACAGGUUUCUUAUUAGUGGAGUAUGCCCUGGCGGUGGUGCUUCCCGGUGUUCGUGUGAAGGGACUUCCCAUUCCCAGUGAAAAUGGAUAUCGCCGGGUUUAUAAGUGUAAUGCCGUACAUGCAUGGUAUUGUAUGCUUCUCAUCGCAGCUGGAUUACACUACAGUGGGAUUUUUCCACUUUGGAAAUUACGCAGAGAUUAUGGUCGUUACUUAACGGUGGCAACAUUAUGGGCGGAUGUUAUUUCCAUCUCUGUUUAUAUUAUUGGACUUCGCCGGCAAAUUCGCAUGUCCCACAAUUUAAUAUAUGAUUUUUUUAUGGGUUCUGGUCUUAAUUUCCGUCUUCCUGGUGGUGUAGAUGUGAAAUUGUUUGCAGAAUGCCGUAAUUCAUGGGUAUUGUUAGUAAUACUUACACUUGGAAAUGCCGCGGCUAUGCAAAAGGAACUUGGUUACAUUACAUGGAAUAUGUGGUUUAUUGUUUUUGCCCAAGUUCUCUAUGCAAAUGCAAUUCAAAAAGGUGAAGAGUGUAUUAUUACUACAUGGGAUUUAUUUUAUGAAAAAUUUGGAUGGAUGCUUGCCUAUUGGAAUACAUGUGGAGUACCAUUCCUUUAUUGUUUGCAGGGACUUUAUAUUCAAACCAUUCUCAAAGAUCGUGAACACAAACCUUGGCAAUUGGGAAUCAUGUUGGCUGUUCUUAUUCCUGCUUACUAUAUAUGGGAUAAUGCCAAUUCACAGAAAAAUCGUUUCCGUAUGAAACGCAGUGGUGUACCGGAUGAAAUUAUUCGCCGUAAAGCCUUCCCACAAUUACCUUGGGGAUAUAUUGAAAAUCCACGUGUGCUUCGAAGUGAACGUGGAGAACUCUUUGUGGAUGGUUGGUAUCGCUAUGGUCGUAAAUUACACUAUACAGUUGAUGUGACGAUGGCUUUUCUUUGGGGAGCGGCCUGUGGAUUUGAUUCUUUUAUUCCAUUCUUUUAUGUUUGUUUCUUUAUUUCGCAUCUUGUGGAUCGUGAAAUACGCGAUGACCACCGAUGUAGAAAGAAGUACGGCAAAUUAUGGGAAAGAUACCUUGAAGUGGUUCCAUACAAAUUUAUUCCAGGUAUUUAUUAG